AUGGUCGAUGACGGUGCUUUUUCUCCGGCCGGAGAGGGCUCAUCGGGGACCAUCGGCAUCCAAUUAACUAUGGAAGGAGGUUCUGGAAAUAGAGGAGAACUGCUUGAGGAUGAUGACGAGGAAGAGUUUGAGAUGGAAACUGAUGAUCUCGAUGAUGAAAGUGACCAAGUUCUCGGAAUCAAAAGCAAUGGCCUUGAGAAUGUUACUGAACUAGUUCCGGGAGUCGAAAGAAAUGACCUUGAGAAUGAUGGUGAACAAGUACUUGAUAUUGACAGUGCUGACCUUGAGAAUGACAGUGAGCAGGUGCUUGAAUUUGAAAGCAACGAGCAUGAGAGCAAUAGCGACCAAUUGCUUGAGAUUCCAAGCAACUACCAUGACAGUAACAGUGACCAAAUGCUUGAGAUUCCUGGCAAAGAGUAUGAGAAUGACAAAGAUGCUCAUAUUGCUAACGUUGAUGACCAAAUUGAUGGGUCGAAGGGAAAGUUUUAUCUCCCUCCUGUUGUGGGAAUGGAGUUUGAAUCAUAUGAUGAUGCUUAUAACUAUUACAACAGCUAUGCCAAGGAGGUUGGAUUUGGCAUCAGGGUCAAAUCUUCUUGGACCAAGCGUAACAGCAAAGAGAAGCGUGGUGCAGUGCUCUGUUGCAAUUGUGAGGGUUUCAAAACAAUGAAAGAAGCAAACGCUCGAAGAAAGGAAACUAGGACUGGAUGCCUAGCAAUGAUAAGGUUGAGGUUGGUGGAGUCCAACAGAUGGAGGUUGGAUGAAGUUAAACUUGAACAUAACCAUUUAUUUGAUCCAGAAAGGGCUCAAAACUCCAAAUCACAUAAGAAGAUUGAUUCAGGAGCCAAAAGGAAGUUGGAGUCAGCUGUUGAUGUAGAACUUUCUGAGGUAUAUACCAAGGACAUAUUCUUAAAGUUCCAAGAUGAAGUGGAGCGGAUGUCUAACUGUUUUAGUGUGACUCAGAUUCAUGCUAACCAGCCGGUCAUCACCUAUAUAGUCAAAGAACAAGAUCCCAAGGGAGAUUCAAGAAACUUUGAAGUUAUUUAUGAUAAAGUAGGAGCCGAGGUGCGCUGUAUUUGCAGUUGCUUCAAUUUCAGAGGAUAUCUGUGUCGACAUGCAUUGUGCGUCCUUAACUACAACGCGGUGGAUGAAGUCCCAAGUCAUUACAUCUUAUCGCGAUGGAGGAAGGAUUUGAAACGCUUGUAUGCACCAGAUCUAGGUUCCAACAAUAUCGAUAUCACAAACCCUGUUCAAUGGUUUGAUCACUUGCAUAGACGUGCAGUGCAAGUUGUAGCAGAGGGAAUGACGUCUCAAGAUCAUCAUAUGGUUGCUUGGCAAGCAUUCAAGGAGUCACUUAAUAAGGUACGACUUGUUGCAGACAAACAUGUAUAA